UUGGCUUGGCCAGCCCAGCCCCGGCUCCCUCCGAAAUUUGGCUUGGCCAGCCCAGCCCCGGCUCCCGCUCCGCGCCCGCACUCGCCGGCCCCGGGCAGCAUCGCAACACCUGAGCGCCGCACGCGGGGGCAGCUGUCGCCAAACGUACAACUUUUAAAUGGAAAAUGUCUUUCUCAAAGGCUGCCGAUGUCCAGUGGUCUGCAGUCCAUGAGCAGUUGACUAGUCCAGGUGUUUCUGCUUCUGUUCCUGUGCUAUGUGAAUUGGGAGUUCCAGAGAAGAGUGUGCAGGAUGGAGGAGUUGAGGGACAGUCGGCCCAAUAUGUCAAGACCUCUGAUCACUAGAUCCCCUGCAUCUCCAUUGAACAAUCAAGGCAUCCCCACUCCAGCACAGCUCACAAAAUCCAACGCACCAGUUCACAUUGAUGUGGGUGGGCACAUGUAUACCAGCAGCUUGGCCACGCUUACAAAAUACCCCGAUUCCAGAAUUGGCCGGCUUUUCGAUGGCACGGAGCCCAUUGUCCUCGACAGUCUCAAGCAGCAUUAUUUCAUCGACAGAGAUGGGCAGAUGUUCAGAUAUAUCUUGAAUUUCUUAAGGACAUCAAAACUCCUCAUUCCUGAUGAUUUCAAGGACUACAGCUUGUUAUAUGAAGAAGCCAAGUAUUUCCAGCUUCAGCCCAUGCUGGGAGAGAUGGAGCGGUGGAAACAGGACCGGGAGAGCGGGCGCUUCUCCAAGUCCUGCGAGUGCCUGGUGGUGCGAGUGGCCCCAGACCUCGGCGAGAGGAUUACUCUGAGCGGAGACAAGUCCUUGAUAGAGGAGGUGUUCCCAGAGAUCGGGGAUGUGAUGUGCAAUUCCGUCAACGCCGGCUGGAACCACGACUCCACGCACGUCAUCCGCUUCCCGCUCAACGGAUACUGCCACCUCAACUCAGUUCAGGUACUUGAGAGGUUACAGCAAAGAGGGUUUGAGAUUGUUGGCUCAUGUGGAGGUGGGGUGGACUCUUCCCAAUUCAGUGAAUACGUACUGAGACGAGAACUCAGAAGGACAUCUCGUGCACCCUCUGUCAUUCGAAUAAAGCAAGAGCCUCUGGACUAAAAUGGACAUGUUUCUUUAUGCAAAAAAAAAAAAAAAAAAAA